ACAAUCAGGUUGUUUACGGGAUAUCUUUCAUGCUCAGUGUUUAAUAGAAAAAUGACGACUACCAUAUAUAGCGAAGUGAGAAAUCUUUUUAGACGAUUCGCAGAGUAUACAACUUUUCAUGGUGUAAACAGGAUUAUAUCUAGUAAACUUUUGAUAGGACGACUUAUAUGGUUAUGUAUUGUAAUGACUAGUUUCAGUAUGUGUAUCAGACAAAUCUAUAUACUCAGUGUUCAGUUUUCCAGUUACAAGAUAAACAGAAAGGUGUCAAUUUCCAAUACAGAUCCUUAUUUUCCGUCUAUAUCAUUCUGCGACUUGAAUCCACUGAGCUAUAGAAAGAUAGAAGCAUACAAAGAUGAUGUCCAAUUAGCAAAUCAUUUAAUGAAGAUAAUAGAAAGAAACCACAACGCAGUUCGAGGCUUGAAAAAUGGAACAGUUGAUAUACGUAAUACAUCAUUCCAUAAGGACGAUCUUCAAAGUGAAGCUAUCGAACAAGAGUUUCGAAGAGAAAUGAAUUACUUUGAUAUCAACAUUACAAAAGACGAAAUACCAAAGUUAUCUUCGGAUUUCAAGGAGUUCAUUUUAAGUUGCAGAUAUGAAGGUGAAUUAUGUAAUGCAAGUUUCUUUGUCCCAUUCUAUGAUCCAUAUUAUGGACAAUGUUAUAGGUUUCCGAGCCAGCCAUUAGUUGCCAAGCACGUUGGACAUUUAUUUGCAUUUCAGCUAUUUCUGAACGUGAAUCAGAGUGAUUACAUACCAUACGUGGCUGAUGAUCCGGGUAUUAUACUAUCAAUACAUGAAAAUGGAUACAGACCGUAUUUACAGAGUAAUGGCUUCGCAGUAUCACCUGGCUUCAAAACAGAUAUAUCGCUCUUUCAGAAGAGAAUCGAGAGGAAAAAAGUGGUGUUUGGGAGUAAAGAUUUAUGUGAUGACAGUGGCCAAUAUACAAACAUCCAGACCUGCUUUAAACUAUGUGUAGAAAAGAUCGUGGAAAAGAGCUGUAAUUGUUCACCAACCAUGUCAAAUGUUGAUCUAGGACUCUGGAUUUGCGAUGAUGUUGAAGAGCUUCAGUGUAUGGCGAACGCUGAAAAGGGUACCGAAAACUGCAGCUGUAAAGACCCAUGCAGCGAGAUACAAUAUGGGACGUUUCGUUCCAUGACAACCUGGCCAGGAAAAAGUUACGUAGGAGUACUGGAUGCAAUUCUUAAGCAGAGAGGUGUGGCAUACCAGGAUAUGAGGGAAAGCUUACUAUUUAUCAACAUAUAUUUUUCUUCCCUCCAAGAAGAGAUAAUUGAAGAGGAACUAGCCUACACGGUUGAAAACUUUUGGUCAGAUAUUGGAGGAUCCCUUGGACUAUGGGUCGGCAUGUCUGUAAUAAGCCUUGGUGAAAUUCUAGAGCUUGGAAUUCUUAUUCUACGAUUCAUUAAGAAGCGAAGUGUACGAUUAAUUACAACAGAAGUGAAAAGAGCUGCAGCUGAAGACAAACUAAAUGAUGGUCUGAAUCAGAUAAUCAAAGGUUUUAAUGAUAUUAAUGACGAAAAACAAGAAGGGAGAACUGAAUUUAAUGAUGGUUUGAAUAAAAUUAUCAACAGCCUCAAUAUUCUUACAGCAGAGCAACAAUCACGUGAUAAUGAUCAAAAUGGUAACCAGAGUAAUUCUAUGGGUAGAAAUGUUCAACCCGAACAGUACAAUGUAUUUGCAGAUCAUAUGAUAUGAUAUAUCAUAUAUAUAGUUAUAUUAAUUAUACAUGUAGAUAUAUAACAAACAAACUGUUCAGAUCUUAAAAACAAUGUUUAAAUAUGUCAGAUAUUGCAGAUAGAAAUGACAUGUAUGGUUUGUUCUGUUUGUGAUUUGGUUUUGUAUAACCGAGAAUACUAGAGUCUGAAGAAAGCAUCAACAUAUAAACAAUCUUCAAUAUGACUUUUCAUGAAAGUACAGAAAGUAGACAAUUCAUCAGAAUAAGUGAUUUUUUAAUAAAAAAAGAAGUCGAUUAGACAAUACGAAAUCAAGAUUAUAACGGUUACAAUGUAUUACAAAGAAAUAUAAUUUUGUUUCUCAAACAAAUAAAUGUUAGACCCCAUAACCAUUAAUAGAGACAUACACUUUGCAAUCAUUUACAAACUAGAAAAUAUACCAUAGAAACAAAUUAGAAGGGACACAUCAAACUUUGAGACCAGAAGAGUGUUUUACAGACCAACGUCAACCAUUUCGGUGCCAAAAAAAAUAAACACAUUUAAUACUCACGAACCAGAAAACAAUCAUCAUCUAAUCGAAAAUUUUAAAAUACUCAAAAUUUUACAAUAAAACUUGAACUAUAUUGCCGCACAAAACAAACAAAACAAUGUUAGAUAAAUUACAAAAAUAUUAACAGCUAUAAGAAACUUGAAUUCAAUUUUCAAAUCCGGACGACAAAAACCGUUAACAUGGUUAUCAUUAAAUUUAUACAGUAACAAAAAAUCCUCAACACUAUUUAAAAUCCGUUAAAAAGGUAUAGUUAUACACUCACGAAUUGUAGACGUUUUAAAAGUAGAUAAACCAAUAAUUAUAAAAAAUGUAGUAACUAUAUAGCUGUUGUCACUAUGAACUAAAUAUAUUUAAACAUGUGGAUUACAUGUGAAUAAUGAGAAGAUCCAAAAUAUUUGUGUGAUUACAUACAAUCUACUUGUAAUGAUGUAUUCACUUGUACAAUUGUAAGAGUCGUUCCAUUGCAAAAGUAUUGCUUAUCAAACCUUGACACAAUAAAAGAAAUAGUCUACUUUUGAUCAUCUUUACAAUCGUCUUGUUUCAGAAAGAAUACAAUUGUGAUUACGGUUGUUUUUUGUAUACAAAACUGAGGUUUGAUUUGUUAAUAAACAAUAAAUUUGU